CCUGGCUCCCGCCGGCCCCGGGAGCUGCCCGCUCCCCGCAUGGCCUCCGCCCCGGAGGACCCGAUUCUGGAACGUUAUUUUAAAGGUCACAAAGCUGCGAUCACCUCCGUGGGCUUCAGCCCCAACUGCAAACAACUUGCCACUGCCUCUUGGGACACCUUCCUCAUGCUAUGGAGUUUGAAGCCACACACCAGAGCUUACAGAUACGUCGGCCACAAGGACGUCGUGACCAGCGUACAGUUUUCUCCACAAGGAAACUUACUGGCAUCGGCUUCACGAGACAGAACUGUUAGACUCUGGGUUCCUGAUAGGACAGGAAAGUCCUCUGAAUUUAAAGCGCACACGGCGCCGGUUCGAAGUGUGGACUUUUCAGCCGAUGGCCAGCUUCUGGUUACAGCUUCGGAAGACAAAUCUAUUAAAAUAUGGAACAUGUACCGCCAGCGCUUCCUCUACUCUCUGUACCGACACACGCACUGGGUACGCUGUGCCAAAUUCUCGCCCGAUGGAAGAUUAAUCGUGUCGUGUAGUGAGGAUAAAACUAUCAAAAUUUGGGAUACUUCAAGUAAGCAGUGUGUGAAUAACUUCUCAGAUUCCGUAGGAUUUGCAAAUUUUGUGGACUUUAACCCUAAUGGUACAUGCAUAGCCUCAGCAGGUUCUGAUCACACUGUGAAAAUCUGGGAUAUCAGAGUGAAUAAAUUACUCCAGCACUAUCAAGUUCACAGCUGCGGUGUGAACUGUCUGUCAUUCCACCCUUUGGGUAACAGCCUGGUCACUGCCUCUUCUGAUGGAACACUUAAGAUUCUGGAUCUCCUGGAGGGAAGACUCAUAUACACACUUCAAGGACAUACGGGACCUGUCUUUACUGUUACGUUCUCAAAGGAUGGAGAGCUGUUUACGUCAGGAGGUGCGGAUGCGCAGGUCUUGUUGUGGAGGGCUAACUUUAGUCAUUUGCGCUGUAAAGAUCCUAAUAAAAGAAACCUCAAAAGACUGCAUUUUGAUUCCUCACCACACCUUCUCGACAUCUACCCGCGAUCACCACAUCCCCAUGGAGAGAAAAAGGAGACUGUUGAAAUUAAUCCCAAACUUGAGGUGAUGGAUCUGCAGAGUUGUUCUCCCCCUGUCGUGGACGUCCUUUCUUUUGAUUCUACCACAACAACGGAUUCCACUGGCCGAGCUGUACCAGAGAAGGGUGGAGACAUUUGUGGGUAUUUCUUGAACCCUUCCUUAAUACCAGAAUGCUCAUCAACAACUGUGAAAAAGAAAACAGAAGAUUUAAGUGACCUCCCCUCGGAAAGCCAAAGAAGUGUGCCACUGGCUGUGACUGAUGCUCUGGAGCAUAUCAUGGAACAGCUCAACGUUUUAACACAGACCGUUUCAAUUCUGGAGCAGCGACUGACUUUGACAGAAGAUAAGUUGAAAGGCUGCCUUGAGAAUCAGCAAAAGCUUUUCAGUGUCAUCCAACAGAGAAGUUGACCAAGAAAGUGUGUGCGCACAGGCCAAUAAAUGAUGACACGUUCGCA